AUGCCAGCUGGAGCAAUCAUGGUAAUAGCUAAAAAGUUUGGCGUCACAAAUCAAUAUGAAUUGGUGCUCCCCAUAUCGGUCUUCCUUGUCGGGUAUAUCGUUGGCCCGCUAUUUCUAGCACCACUAUCAGAAAUAUACGGCAGGAGGCCUUUGCUGAUGGGGACGUUUGUCCUAUAUUUAUUCUUCGUCCUGGGAACAAUUCUAGCACCGAAUUUCCCAGCAUUUUUGAUACUCAGGUUUUUGGCAGGUACUGCCGCUGCCGCGCCAAUGGCAAUUGUGGGAGGGCUGUAUGCAGAUUGUUUUCCGGACCACGUGCAGAGAGGCAGAGUCAUGGCAAUGUGGUCCGCGGGGACAAUGUUCGGCCCUACCUUAUCGCCCAUCAUAUCCGGAUUCCUGGGAAGGGUUUCGUGGAAAUGGCCAUUUUGGUGCGAGUUAUUGUUUGGAGUAUUUAGCUUAGUGGCGCUCCAUUUUUUGCCUGAAACGUUUGCCCCAGUCAUAUUAGCUAAACGGGCGGCACGGAUGAGAAAAGAGUCGGGACGGAACGAUAUCGUUGCUCUGGAUUCUGCCGAAACAGUGAAUCUGAAGGAGGUAUUGGCCGUAAGCCUUACCCGGCCCAUAAAACUGCUUUUCACAGAGCGGAUCGUGCCCGCGGUAUGCUUGUACAUGGCAUUCAUUUUCGCGAUCCUCUACCUCUUCUUCCAGGCCUACCCUAUUAUCUUCCAAGUGGCAAUUGGUAGCAUUAUCUCGUCAGUGAUGCUCGUUCUGUGGGACGAGUACAUCAGGAGGCGAAACAAAACGGUGACCACGGAGCACCGCCGUUUGGUUCUGGCAUGCGUCGGUGGGCCGCUCGUUGGCUGGACGAGCAGGAAGUCGGUGCAUUGGAUCGUGCCGAUGCUCGCUGGACUUCCGUUUGGAAUCGGCAGCACCACGACCAUCCUGGCUCUGCUGAACUACAUGGCGGACGGGUAUGGAAUUUAUAGCGCAUCCGCCAUGGCUGCAGCGGCGUGCACCAGGUCGGUUUGCGUGCGUUGCUUCCACUCGGCGCGAAAUCAAUGUACGAGAAGGCUGGGAUUGGCUGGGGGAGCAGUUGUUCUGGGACCAUCAGUCUCCCCAUGA